AUCUUUCCAAGAUCAAAAGAUCAUUCUUUUUAAAUUAAUUCUUUUCUUUACUUGAAUACUAUCGUAUUCGAUUUAUUUAUUCAAACUUCCAAAUUACUGCUUCCAAUACUAAUUUUAUUAUGGCAUCCAAUGGUAAUGACUGGGAUAGUUUUGCAGCCAUGUUCCCUACGUCAUUUGGGAAAAAGGUGAACAAGAACACAAACAUGUCCAACUUUGAAAAGACGAAACGACAGGAUGUUAUCAAAACAUCUAAAGAUACAUCAGCAGUAACUACAAAUUCAAUAUCAACAGAUCUCAAGCAAACCAAAAUUGAAGAUGAAACAGCAAAUGAUAUCAAAUCCAAGCAUAAAACCGAUACGAAUGAUAAUGAAAAGUCUGACGAUGAUGAAGAAGAGGAAGAAGAAGAUAUGGAAACCAAUGGUUCAGAAUUACCCAUCUCUCAUGAAGUCGUAUUGAAGGGACACACACGGGUUGUAUCAGCAUUAGCAUUGGAUCCUGCAGGAGCAAGACUUGUUACUGGUGGUUAUGACUAUGAUAUGAAAUUAUGGGACUUUGCUGGUAUGGAUCAAACAUUUCGACCUUUUCGCAGUUUGCAACCAUUUGGGGAUCAUCAAAUCCGUGAUAUACACUACUCACUUUCUGGCGAUGUAUUUUUGGGGGUAUCUGGCAGCGCUGCUAUCAAACUUUUCAACAGAGAUGGAAUUGAACAGGUAGAAUAUAUUAAAGGUGAUCCUUAUAUUCGUGAUUUACGACAUACAGCAGGACAUGUGGGAGCUCUUACUAGUGCAUCAUGGCAUCCAACCGAUCGACAAACAUUUGCUACUGCUUCACAAGAUGGUACCAUACGGAUUUGGGAUGUGGAUCAAAAGAGAAAACAAAAACAAGUGAUUGCUUACAAAUCUCGUGAACGUGGUGGUCGUUCUCCUGCUACCGCUUUGGCCUAUACCCAUGAUACAAAAUUGAUUGCUGGUGCUUUCCAAGAUGGAUCUAUCAAUCUAUGGUCUUCCAAUGGUCCAUUUAUUCGUCCAUCUAUCGUAUUUGCUGAUGCUCAUCAAAAACAUUCCGAAACUUCAAGUUUAUUAUUCUCAAGGGACAACUUUACUAUGGUAUCACGAGGUGGUGAUGAAACUGUUAAAGUAUGGGAUAUUCGACAUACAAAGAAACCUGUCAAUACACAAUACAAUCUCGAUAUUGUAAACCCUGAAGCCAAUGUAAUCUUUAGUCCUGAUGAAAGAUUGAUUUUGACUGGUACUGCAUGUCCUAAAGGCCAAGGUCAUGGAAAACUUGUCAUGAUGGAUCGUCAAACAUUGGAAAUCCGAAGGACAAUGCAUAUUGGGCAAUCAAGUGUAGUGAAGGUACUUUGGCAUCCUCGAAUCAACCAAAUUGUCACUGGUAGUGCUGAUGGAAAUGUUCAUGUGUUUUACAGUCCUGAACAUUCUUCUCGUGGUGUCAAGAUGUGUGUGGUCAAAGAACAAAAGAAGAGAGCUGUGGAUGACUAUGAGAUCAACCGGCCCAUUAUUACACCUCAUGCACUUCCUAUGUUUAAGACAGAACGGGUCAAGAGUCAGAAACGCAAGCUUAGUAAAUUACGAAAAGAUCCUAUUGCAUCUCAUCGUCCAGAUAUGCCUGUGGGUAGUCACGGUGUUGGUGGUAGAGUUGCACAUGGUCAACAACAUGCUAUUAUUAAAGGGCUUACUAAAGAUACUAGAAGAGACGAAGAUCCUCGUGCAGCGUUACUCAAGUAUUCUACAGAAGCAAUGGGUGGUGAUGAUCAAUGGGUUAGCAAUGUAUACAAACAUACUCAACCUAAUCCUGUAUUUGCCAGUGAUGAUGAAGAAGAAGAACCCGAGACAAAGAAAACGAAAAAAUAGUUUUAGAUUUAUGCAUGUCGUGAUUUUUUUUUGUGUCUUAUCAUCCAAAUUUAGAAAUAAAUGAAUUUUUUUUUUUGUUAUUUUUUUUUUCUGUUUUCGUUCUUUUUCUCUCUCCCUUUACCAAAUCAAGCUUCCUC